UAAGCUGUAGCUUCGGCUGAUCGGCGCGCACAGACCAAGCGUUAGUGAUAAGCCUGGAUAAGCCACAACCGGCCCGCCAAUGUGGCCUCUCCUGCUGCUCCCGUUCCUCCUCGCGGCCGCGGCCAAUGCGUCCGCUGCCGACGCCGAGCCUCCCCCCGCGGCGGCGAUGGCCCCGUGGCCGGAGCAGUUCCACGCGGUGGUCGUCACCAACCUGACCGCGCGCGGCGGGCGGCUGGAGGUGAUCGACCUCUACUACGACUGGCCCCGCGGGCGCGACCUGAACCUCGUCCGCCUCCAGCUCCCCGACGGCGGCGAACCGCCGCUCCGGAACGUCGAGUGGGCCAACGGCACCGCCUACGUGUUCGACGCCGCGUCCUGCCGCACGUUCCAGUUCGCCGUCGGCCUCCUGCCGCCCGACUGGAAGGCCCGCGGCGCCGCCUACCUGGGCCGCGCGCGCGUCGACGGCUUCGACUGCCACGUCUGGUCCAACUUCCUCUUCGCCCUCUACUACGAGGACGUCGCCACCGGCCGCCCCGUCGCCUGGAAUUUCAUGGGGAAGGAGCGCCAUGUGCUGAGCUUCGAGCCGGGGGGCGUGCUGGAGGACGCGUCCAUGUGGCAGGCGCCGGCUUACUGCUUCGAUGGCAGCAAUGGCGGCGACGCCGCAGACGGAGUUGACGGCCAGGGCAGCAGGGCCGAUCUAGUGAACAGCAUGAUCAGGUUCGCCGGGGCUCCGGCUGCAGCUGCAUCGUUUGACCAGUGAGCUCUCUUGAAGUCUUGAGCCUUGAUGAUUGACUGAAGAGAGACUUUCUACGGUGACAUCUGUUUGGAGGAGAAUGUCAAGAAGUUUUGUCACAUUCUUUCCGCUUGUACGUAUAUGGUAUUAAGACAAAGUGCAAGCUGAAAAUAUAGAUGAAUGUAAAGGAAAAACUCAUAUUUUGUUGCUCGUAAAAUUAUGUAUACCUUUAGUA